AUGACUGCCAUCCGGCUAUGAGAAUUUAUUGACCGCCACCCAGGGAUCCCACCCAGUAUAUUCGUUGCUCAUCAAGGAAAGGACCUCCAUGGCUAUUACCCUGGGCAGCUUGCAAGAGUUCAUUAUGCUUAUAGUGUGAAGAGAUCUCCCAGACCUCUCAUAGACUUGGGAAUUCCACCUAAGAGAAAAAGUCAGUAUCAGCCUCAAUUAGACCAACAAACUCUCAUUCAAUACAUUUGUUUUCGAAGACAUUCAAAGCCUGCCGAACCAUGGUAUAAAGAAACUACAUACCAAAGAGACUAUUCUUUGCCAUUUUACAAGAUGGAUUGGGAACAGAAAUUAGCCACCGUUUCAUCGAAUCCUAGACCACUUAAUUCACUGCCAGAGCGUUACUGUUGUGAAGAGAGUGGCUUUGAAAGAAAGGCUUUUAAACUAAAGUAACCAUGGCAUUUGAACAAAAUAACAUUUGGCAUUCUUAAGUGGCUCUUUUAGACUGAAAUAAUGGUAACAGAACUACUUUUAAGUGUAUAUCCAGAUGGUUACAAUCCUAAAAUAUUUACAUGUUGCAAAUUCCUUUCAGAUUAAGUUGGUCAGCCUAGGGCAGGGAAUCAAGAUCAGCCUUAAGAAGACUUGUCACCUGUUCUUAAUGCCCCACUACCAGUCUUGUUGCUGGUGUUGGCAAACCAUCUCACAUUUAGUCCAGUGGUUUUAUGUGGAACCGAACCAGGUAAGAAUAUAAUUGCCUCCACCCAAUAACUGCAUCACUGUUGGAAAAAAAAAGCAGCAGCAGCAUCUGAGGAUGUAGCUAAGGAGGAAGAUUACUGGCAUCACAGACCUGGAAGGUGCUUUGGAUGCAGAACGCCAGAUAUGACACAGGGCUGUAGUGAGAUGUGGGGCUGGUAAAAAGAAAGAUUAAUUGAAAGUCUAGAUACAGGAGUUAACAUCCCUAUCCUGACAAGAAGAAAGCCUGACAACUAGGCAUCAACUCCCUGGGCAAAAUGCUAGAGGUUCU